AUGUCCCCGAGAGGUGAGCAGCUAAAGUAUGUCCUGCAGCUCCUCUUCAAUGCCACCAACAACGCAACAGAGUACGAGGCUCUCAAUCAUGGUCUCAGGAUUGCUGCCUCCCUCGGUAUCAAGAGGCUCCUCACCUACGGCGACUCCAAAGUCGUCAUCCAGCAAGUCAACAAGGACUGGGAUUGCUCCCAGGAGAAGAUGGACGCCUACUGCAAGGAGAUACACAAGCUCGAGUCCCACUUCUACGGCCUAGAGUUCCACCACAUCCUCCGGGACUACAACGUGGCAGCCAAUGUACUCUCCAAGCUGGGCUCCAAGCGGGCACUCGUCCCGGCUGGAGUCUUCGUACGGGCUCUCAACUCUCUUACAGUCAAGAUUGAAGAGGACCCUGCAACCAAGCCCGACCUAGCGCUAGCCCUAGGCCAGGAAGUACUCAUCGCCAAUCCAGAUUGGCGAGCUCCGAUACUCGACUUCAUCAUCAACAAGUCCUACCUGAAGGACAAGGAACAUGAGCGACUUGCCCGCCUAGCCGCAAACUACAUCAUCAUUGGAACCGAGUUGUUGAGACACUCGGCCUCCUCAGGAACCCUUUCCAAGUGCAUCUCCCAGCAAGAUGGAGUCCGACUCCUUGGCAUGAUCCACUAG